AAGUAGCCAGAUAUGGCCCGGGUCUCUUGGAAUCGUGUGGAAUUUCCGCUCUGUUCCAGUCAAGCUCAAAGAUGACAUCGCAACAGACUGCUGAUAUUGUUAUUAUUGGACGAGGGAUUGUAGGUUCGGCGUUGGCCUAUUUUUGGUCUAUUUCCGACGCUGAGAAGAGGGUGGUUGUCAUUGACCGUUCAUUUUCAACAUUGAAGGGCUCGACGGGAGUUGCACCGGGAUUUGUUGGACAAUUCAAUGAGUCUGAGGUCCUCACUCGCCUUGCUAUUGAUAGCGUGAAGGAAUAUCUGAAAAUUCCUGGAGGGGUUGACCUCGUCGGGGGUCUUGAAUUAGCGACCAGCAGUCAUGGAGUGGAAAAGCUCAAAUCAAGGCUUGAAAUGGCUAAGAAUGUUGGUCUAGAGGCCGAAUUGAUCAGCGCAGAACGAGCAUCACAGAUGGCUCCUAGUUUAGUCAGGAACGACAGCCUACUGGCGCUACACUUUGCAGGAGAUGGAACAGCAAGUCCUAUCACAAUUGUUUCUUUUUAUCGGGAAGAGGCUCGAAAACAUGGUGCGGACCUCAUCGAAGGAGAUGUCACCGACAUCCGCGUAUCCGAUGGCCGUGUAAAUGGUGUGAUGACCCCUUCGGGAUUCAUUGAGGCCGUCGAUACUGCCACAAAGCGCGCUCUCGAUCCAAACCGAUUCAAGGGACGCGAUAUUGAGAGCUUGAAACAGGAGUCUCUGGAUGGCUAUAAUCAUAUUUAUAAGACACAGGAGAACUCACAAUAGACACUCCGCCCACGAUUCCUUGACUCAGAUGAAGUCUUUGCCUUCUUGAUAGCUACCUUAGUUAAUUCGAUACCAAAUAUAGAAUAUGUUCCGAGCUUGAUCUCGUCGUCUCCUGUUCUUCAUGCGUUUUUUCUUUGUAUUUUUCUGUAUGACGUCAUAGAAGAUCGUAUUCGAGAAAUCGCAUCUGAGCACUU